AUUUUCAUAUCCCAACAGUCUGUCACCGUCGAUCUCUCUCUCUCCUUCACCAUUUCAGUCCACUCCACAGGUUCACUCACCAAUGGCGACCACCGGAGCAGCAACGUCACUCCUCUCUCCACCGUCACUCCACCGCCUCACCGCCACCGGUACAACUUCCGCUUCCUUUUCCUUUCUCCGUACAUCUUCUCCGUCGUCGUUUCCGUUGCUAUUUUCCUCACGAAUACCUUCGAAAAUCCCAUCGGAAUCUUCCGCAAUCAAAUCCUCUUCGUCUACAACGUUCACAGAGUCUCAAGAUCUAAAGGUGAAUACGAUUCCUACGAAGCCGAUCGAAGGCCAGAAAACCGGAACCAGUGGUCUCCGGAAGAAGGUGAAAGUGUUUAUGCAAGAGAAUUAUCUAGCAAACUGGAUUCAGGCAUUGUUCAAUUCGUUGCCACCUGAGGAUUAUAAGAAUGCUUUGCUAGUGUUAGGAGGUGACGGUCGGUACUUUAACAAAGAAGCUGCACAGUUGAUUAUUAAAAUUGCUGCUGGCAAUGGAGUUGGUAAAAUUUUGGUGGGCAAGGAAGGUAUACUAUCAACACCCGCUGUAUCUGCAAUUAUAAGGAAGAGAAAGGCAAAUGGUGGUUUUAUAAUGAGUGCAAGUCAUAAUCCUGGUGGUCCUGAAUAUGACUGGGGCAUCAAGUUCAAUUACAGCAGUGGGCAACCUGCUCCCGAGUCCAUCACUGAUAAGAUUUAUGGAAACACACUUUCGAUAUCUGAAAUAAAGCUAGCUGAUAUUCCAGAUGUGGAUCUUUCUAGUGUUGGAGUUUCAAAAUAUGGCAACUUUAGCGUGGAAAUAGUUGACCCAGUCUCUGAUUAUUUGGAUAUAAUGGAGGAGGUCUUUGAUUUUUCACUAAUCAAAAGUCUAGUUUCUCGGCCAGACUUCAGGCUCACAUUUGAUGCAAUGCAUGCGGUUACAGGUGCUUAUGCAAAUCCAAUUUUUGUAGACAAGCUUGGAGCUAGUCAGGAUUCGAUAUGUAAUGGAGUGCCUCUAGAAGAUUUUGGGCACGGUCAUCCUGACCCUAAUCUAACAUAUGCGAAGGAUUUGGUCAACAUUAUGUAUAGUGACAACGGGCCUGAUUUUGGAGCCGCAAGUGACGGAGAUGGCGAUAGAAAUAUGAUUCUUGGUAGACAGUUUUUUGUGACUCCUUCAGAUUCUGUUGCUAUUAUUGCAGCCAAUGCACAAGAAUCUAUUCCGUACUUUAAAAGCGGGCCAAAGGGUUUAGCUCGUUCUAUGCCAACAAGCGGUGCUCUUGAUCGUGUAGCCGAGAAAUUGAGUCUCCCAUUCUUUGAGGUUCCUACCGGUUGGAAAUUCUUUGGGAACUUGAUGGAUGCUGGAACUCUGUCAAUUUGUGGGGAAGAAAGUUUUGGAACAGGUUCUGAUCACAUUCGUGAGAAGGAUGGUAUAUGGGCUGUGUUAGCAUGGCUGUCUAUAAUUGCAUACAGAAACAAAAACAAGAAACCUGGAGAGAAAUUAGUCUCUGUUGCUGACAUUGUAAAAGAGCAUUGGACUACUUAUGGCCGGAACUACUUCUCCAGAUACGAUUAUGAGGAAUGCGAGUCAGAAGGAGCUAAUGAAAUGAUCAAUUAUCUUAGAGACUUGAUCUCUAAAAGCAAACAAGGAGACAAAUACGGCAAUUAUACUCUUCAACUUGCUGAUGACUUCAAGUAUACAGAUCCAGUAGAUGGGAGUGUAUCUACAAAACAAGGUGUUCGAUUUGUCUUCACAGAUGGUUCAAGGAUCAUAUUUCGUUUAUCAGGGACUGGAUCAGCAGGCGCAACUGUUAGAAUUUACAUAGAACAAUUUGAACCUGAUGUCUCAAAACAUGACUUGGAUGCUCAGGUGGCACUGAAACCCUUGAUAGAUCUGGCACUAACUGUCUCAAAGCUGAAGGAUUUCACUGGAAGAGAAAAGGCUACAGUAAUCACAUAGAAUUCUAAUUUUCCAAGACUAAAGUCUCUUCAGAAGUGUCAUUGUAGUAGGUGGUGUUCCACUUCCUCAUACAUCAUUAUUAUAUAUAUAUUUACAUAUAAAUGACUUUUUUUGUUGAGCAUUUUAUUCGAUAAAAUCUACUACUACGAGGAGGAUGAUGAAUAUUGUAAUUUUUUAUUUAAUAAAAGUAAAUUAGUAUCAA